ACAUUUAGUCAACUAUAAUAAAAAUGAAAUUCAAUUUCUAUUUAAUUUUUUUAGUCAUCGUUUUAGUGGUAAUAGUGAUAGUAGAGGCCGGGAAAUAUGGACAGGGAGGUGAAGACGGUGAGGAAGGGGAAAAGGGUAGUGCAGGAGAAUCAGGUGGAAAGGGUAGCAAAGGAAGCAAAGGAAGUUCAGGCAAAAAGGGAAAACCCGGUGGUAAGGGUAGACCUGGCAAACGUGGCGGUAAGGGAUCUAAAGGUGGAAAGGGUGGUCAGGGACACUAUACAUAUCAUCAUAAAUUCAUACCGUCUAAACAUCAUGGACAUGGACAUGGGCAUGGUCACGGCCACGGGCACGGGCACGGGCACGGGCACGGGCACGGGCACGGGCACGGGCAUGGACAAGGGCAUGGACACUUGUAUCACGAUGAACCUGAUCAUUAUGGUAAUGAUAAUUACCAGGGAGGUCAUGGAGGUCCUAUACUACUUAAAUCGUUUAGUUGGUAA